UGUAACGGGUCGUGGCAUGGCCAUUGUUCUCGGAUUCUCGGGCACAUAUUCUCUCACUUGGAGGUGGUAGUGAGUUGUUGGCGUUUGAUGGUGUUUAUAGUGAGCACCAGAUAGUGAUGAUGGUGCGAAGCUUAUGACUCGCAGAAGGCUUACGAAGCGUGUCUAAUCAGUGUUUAUUUUAAUGCUAUGGUGUGUCUUUAUAUUCGAGAGAACCAAAAUAAGCGAACACCUGAGAAAGUAAAAAAAACAGCUCUCCUAGGAGGCCGAUUUGCUCAGUGGUAUGUAAAGUCUUCCAAAAUAAUACACAGGCAUCAGUGUAACUGACAAAUGUAUGGGAAAUAAGCACAAGUAAACAUGGAAAAGUUUGGAAAAAAAAAAAUCCAAGUUAUAUUUUCUUUCGUGUUACUUAUGCCAUCAACGUCUUCACAUUAUCAAAAUGUAUCGCUUCACCUCCACUCGGCCUCGCUUACCAAGGCGGGGGACGAGGUAUGGUGCGGAGGUCGCCUGUGCGGAUCCUCCAACGAAAUGGAAUGCUGCAGCUUCGACCCCUUCAACUGCUGCAACAAGAACAACCAAUAUUGCGACCAGGAAUCCUGCGGAAUGAUACAGGAUGGCUGGUACUGCGGGACAUGCGGCUCCUUCGACGGCAACUCGUGCUGCAAUGAUGGCCUAACAAUCUGCCAGUCCCAGGUGUGCGGCCACAAGGAGGACUACACCUGCUGCGACGUGAACCUCCGUUGCUGCACCAUCGUCCCCCCAGAGCCGCCGCCGACGCCUCUCUACGCACUAUGGUGGUUCUGGGUCGGCCUCAUUUUCUGCUUAGUGCUGCUGUUCUUCAUCGGCUUCGUUCUCUGGAGUGACCGCCACUUCAUCAAGUACAACAUCGACAAAGCCAGAGGACUGAAUCCACAGCCUCCGCCUGGCAUGCCUUUCCAUCGCCGAGCAUCCACCAGGAUUCGUUCCUCCUUCAGGGAAUCUCGGCAGGCCGUCCACAGGGCAUCCAUGAGGCUGAGCCAAAGGAGAAGAAGGCCGCGUCCUGGUCCUGCUACAGACACUGGCACUUCAGCAGAUCGACCCGAAGUGACCCACAUCACUGGACCGCCGCCCUUCGUGAAUGGACCCCGGUCGCUGCGCACAUGUCCGCCCCAGCCGCCUUUCAAUCCCCAGAGCGAAGCUCCUCCGCCCUAUUCUGCAGAACCUUUAGGAACCAAAGUAUCAGCCGAGCCCUCCGCUAGCGGCAACCGCGCCGGGCCUUCUCGGGACUUGGCUUACGAAAACCCGACAGACGAACGCAAGGCUUAUCCCCCUAUUUCACCAUCUAAUGACCUCACUCCAAGGUCAGAGAUCAAACGGUACUCGCCGUCAGGAAGUUCUCAACAGGCUUCGAGGAAGGAGCAAAUACGUAAUCCUGCUUUCAAUCCCGAUUAUGACCCUUCGAGGCCUGCAACCUUUUCGCAACCUCAGCUGCAGGCCGCCAACCUCAACCGCCACUUCCUUCCUCUUGACUCAAGAGGGCCUACACCUCAGAAAUUGCCACACUAUGGAGGAAGACAUCCAUCUCAGCCACUGCACCAUAGGGGCCCUCUCCACCAGGGAUACGGUUACAGUAGAGGACCCCCACCACAGAGUGAUGAGAGACCCCCACCACAAGCUCCAAGAGGAUCCCCACCACAAGCUCCAAGAGGACCCCCACCACAAGCCCCAAGAGGACCCCCACCACAAGCUCCAAGAGGACCCCCACCACAAGCCCCAAGAAGACCCCCACCACUAAGUCAGAGAGGACCAGUAGCACACACUCUCAGGGGACCGCAGCCAUUAUACUUGAGGGGACCAACACCCAACCCCAACUAUCCCAUAAGACCUCCGCCCCAAGGGCCCAGUUACGGGGACUCUCCAAGAACCCGUGUACCCUCAAGUCGGACGUGGGCCCCCAUGCCUCCAGGAUUCGGAGGAAAUCUUCACGGAAAUUCCCGCGUUUACCUUAAUUCAAAUACUAAUAUAGAUGAGACGAUAAUUUAAGUCAUAUAUUUAUCGUAAGUCUUCAGAAGGAUCCUAGCAUCUCUCCGUCAUAGUAUUACUUCCUUACCUGGACUGAGAUCAUGUCUCUGGCCAGGCCUGUCAUCUCGGGAACAGGGACAGGCCAUUACAUCAAAGGCCUGGGAACACAUCUGCUCGCGUCGCUUCCUAGAAAGUUACGUUGUUUCAAAUUUUGAACUCUCUUUCACUUUUUUGUAAUAUUUGUGAUGAUUCGGAUUGUGAGACGUCUCCUCACUUCAUCCUUUAAGUAAUUGUCGUCUUCCAUUUUAAUAUAUUUCCUCGCUUUUUUCUCUCCAUUCUUUCACUCCUUUGGUAUUUUUAAAGUUUUGAAACCUCUACUCGCUGUUUCUCUUUCACUCGCACUUACCUAUAUUGUCUUCCCUGUUUUCCUGGAUUUUGCGAUUUCCCUUCACAUCGUUUAGGUACAGAUGCUGAUGUUAUUUCGUCCUCCUGAUUCCGUCAGUAAUAUUUUCCUCAUUUGAUUAUGAACAUGGACAGAUUUUAUUAAAAUAAAACUGUAAACAUUACUUUAAUUAGAAAGUGAAUACAUAACUGAAUAAUUUUAUCACAUAAAGACAAAAAGAUAUUCAAA